UUUGAUAAGGUUAGAUUUUUCAUAAUUCUACAAAUAUAUACUAGUAAUCUAUGUUCAUAAUAUUGGGAUAGUAUAAAAAUGACCACCAAGGAAAUUGAAAACAAGAGCAAAUCAUUAAAUUAUGACAAGGCUUUAGAGUAUUGGGCAGAGAUACCUGCUACUUUAGAUGGAGUUCUUGGUGGAUUUGGACAUAUAUCUGAUGAGGAUAUACUUGGUUCUACACUAUUUUUAAGAUCAAUUAUGUCAUUAGAAAAGGCACCAGGAACGAAAACAGCCCUCGAUUGCGGCGCCGGUAUUGGUCGGAUAACGAAGCAUCUCCUUACAAAUUAUUUUGACCGUGUUGAUGUUAUUGAACCAGAUGAAAAAUUUAUAAAUUCCAUAUUAGACUAUGUGGGUGAGAAUAAACAUAAGGUUGGUUCCUUAUAUCAAGUAAGUUUACAGGAUUUUAACCCAGAAAGAAAAUACGACCUAAUAUGGAAUCAGUGGGUUCUAGGAUAUCUCAAAGACAAUGACCUUGUUAAUUUCCUAAGUAAUUGCAGAGAAUCUCUAAGUGAAAAUGGAAUUCUAAUUGUAAAAGAAAAUGUUACCUCUUCCGGGAAGGCAGAAAUGGAUCCUACAGAUUCCUCUGUCACCAGAACAUUAAAACAAUUUUUGAAAAUAUUCAAGUCAGCAAAACUGAAAAGAAUCAAACAAUGUAAGCAACUAAAUUUUCCUAAUGGCAUUUAUCCAGUUUAUAUGUUUGCAUUGAUUUGUGACAAAAAUUAAAAUAAGUAAAGCAUGGGCUGAGCUUAAUUAAUU